UCACGGCAAAAUCACUCACCAUACCCUAUAUAAAAUAAUAAUAAUAAUAAUAAUAAUAACAAUUAUAAUAAUUAAUCAUCCAUCAUUCUUCGUGAAGAAUGUAUAGUUGUGACGGUCAGGAUUAAUAAAAAAAAAGAAUUGGUGUUAUUAUUUAAUUCAUGAAUUUAUCAAUCCGAUCAAUUCGUAAUAGAAAGAUAUUAAAGAUAUGUUUAUAUUUCUCCGAUCUAGAAUUGUUUUUUUCCCCCCUAAAAUCACAUUCCUUUAUCUAGUAUCAUACUACUCGAGAUGUCUCUUUUUCUAAAUUUAACAAUUUAAGUAUUAAAAAAAAAACGUCCAAGACCAUGCAUGGAAUUGGAAUCCACCGGCCGAGUAACCUCGAGCCACAAUGCAAUGCAUAAUACCACAAAAAUGAAAAAAGCAGAGAGCCGUACGCUACCGCAAGAGCAGAGCGACGGAGGACACUGUCGUAUCAAAGACCCCCAAUAUCUUUGUACAUUUAACAUUACUCAUCGAUCACGUAUAAAAAGGAGUUGUGGCCAAUUAUAUAUUAUCACAACUGUAUCCCACAUCAUCACACCAUUAAUUAAGAAAACGAGCGGAAAAGGGUUUACCCAUACCAUAAUAUAUGAUGACGAUGAGCAGGAGGAACCAUCAGCUGGUGAUGACGACGAUAAUGAUCAUUAUUACGGUUGUUCUUAUGGCGGGAUCUUUAAUGAUGAUCAGCGAUGCGCGGAUCAUUAACAUCAAGAACAAGAUCGGCAGCAAGAAGGCGCUGAUAGUCCACUGUGAAUACGUCGACGGCGACCUCGGGGCCCUCGCCGUGAGCUCCGGCGACGUCUACAGAUGGGAGUUCGAGGGCGACUUCCGUCAAUGGCCGCCGGCGGUUUUCUGGUGCCACCUGGCGUUGGGAGACGGCCGCCUUUCCUUUUUGGCAUACAUUGAACAACAAUGUGCUGCUGGGGACGCAGUGAUGAGAUACGAUGUCAAUGAAACUGGGCUGUAUGGCCUUGAGUUGUAUAAUACGUAUAAGGGAUAUGUGCUGCUUCGUGCGUGGAACCGAGCUCAGCUCCCUUGAAAAUCCACCGUGGAGAGAAACUUCUCUUCUCUUUUCUUUUUUUUUUCUCCUGUCGGUUUUGGAUAUUUCAGUUGCCGUCUUUUGUGGUGGUAUCAUCUCAUUUUUUUUUUGGUUCCGUUUUGGUUAAUAAAGAUGGUAUGGUUAUACUGGAGAUGUUAAGAAUAAGCAGUGAAGUAGGAUUAGAUAGGCGCUAACAUGUACUCCUGUGUGUUACCACCCUGCUAACAUUAAUUAUAAGAGUAUUUUGAUAGUUAAUUACUAUUAUAUGUCAGUUAAUUAUUAAAAUAGAUCGAUCUGGUUAUAUUCUUCAAUUAUAUGUCGCGACGAUUAGUCUCCCUGCUCAUCUAUCGUCGGUUCAGAAAACCUCGCGCUCCGUCAUGAUGACCACAACGAUCAGUCUCCCACGUAAUCUGUAAUCUAUAAUCUCCUCGAUAUAGUGAAACUGGCUCUCUCUCGCCCGUAGACUAGCUAACACCCAUCGUGUUAGUGAACCAUAUCGCACUACAAAAAAAAAACAGCUGAAGUGACAAUUUAAAAUUUAGUCAAAUUGUCAUUAAAAGGUAGAAAAAUGUCACAAUAGUGUUGUACUGACGUUUUACACAAAUGACACAUAAAUGUCACAUAAUCCAGUGUCACUAACUUCUUUUGUGACAUUUGUUACAAUUGUCAGUACCACUUUUGUGUGACGUUUAUUUUACAUAUUGCGACACUUAUAAUCGUAGCAUAAUAACAUCUUUUGUGACAUUUUAAAGCGUUGUAAGUGAUGCAAAUAGUGACAUUUCUAGAGACAUAUCAAACUGUUAUAGUUAAUACCAAUAGUGACAUGUCUUGUGACAUUUCAAUAUGUCAUAGCCCAUCUCAAUAGUGACAUUUAUAAGGACAUGUUAAUAUGUCACGAUUGAUACAAAUAGUGACAUUUCUUGAGACAUUCAUAAUUGUCACAGUAGAUCCCAAUAGUGACAUUUCUAAGGACAUAUCAAAGUGUCAUAGUAAAUACAUAUUGUGACAUUUCUCAGGACAUUCCAAAGUGUCAUGGUUGACACCAAUGGUAACAUUUACCGCGACAUUUCCAUAUGUUAUAGCUCAUCUCAAUAGUGACAUUUUUAAGGACAUGUUAAUAUGUCACGAUUGAUAGAAAUAGUGACAUUUCUCGAGACAUUCCUAAUCAUCAAAGGUGAUACAAGAUUCCAAUAUGUCACAGUUGAUCCCAAUAGUGACAUUUCUAAUGGCAUGUCAAUGUGUCAUAGUAAAUACAAAUAGUGACAUUUCUCAAGACAUUUCAAUGUGAGAUAGUAAAUACAAAUAGUGACAUUUCUCAAGACAUGUCAAUGUGUCAUCACAAACCCACCUCAUUGAUAUCCAUAUCUAGUGGUGACAGUUUGAAUCCAACUCAUUCCAAUUCUUUAAAAAAAAAAAAUCUAACUAAUCCACUCCCUUAAAAAAAUCCAAAUAAUCAAAUUCAUUAAUAUCUAAAUCCGUUAAAAUCAAACCAGAUAGAUUGAACGAUUGAUAAAUUGUUGUAAAAUUA